CGCUACAAAAUGGCCGAAAAUUACAGUCAGCUGUGAUUUGUGUACAAGGGCUACGUUGCGUUAAUACAGUUUUAUUUAUAUAAAAAUGCAUUCUUUACGUUUAUUGUGGGCUGCACAUAAUGAGAAUACGUGGGUGAGGCGUCAAAGGCGAUUUUCAUCAAGAAGACAUAUGGAAACGAUUGAAGAUAUGCCGGAAUUGUUGUUUAUACAACAUUUCAGGCUUGAUAAAAAAACUUUUCGACGAUUAUGCGACGAACUAAAAAGAUAUACUGGAUUGAAAGGAUCCAAUGAAAUUUCCCUGGAAGUGAAGGUGCUGUGUACUCUAAGCUUUUUAGCCACAGGGUCAUACCAGACAAUUGUAGGUGUGGGACAAUAUUUGACACAGCGGACUACAAGUCGCUGUGUCAGGGAGGUUGUGAAUUCUUUAAAUCACAAUUGGAUGGUCAGCAGGUGGAUAAUGUUUCCACAAACACCACAUGAGAGAUCUUUAAUCAAAGAGAAAUUCCAUAUAAGACAUAAUUUGCCUGGAAUUAUUGGGUGCAUUAAUUGUACCCAUAUAGCUAUAGUAAGACCAGAGGAGGAUGAAUAUUCAUUUUUUAAUAGAAAAGGAUAUCAUUAAUUAAAUGUUCAAGUGAUAUGCGAUUUCGAUUUAAAAAUAGUUAAUGUCAAUUCAAAAUUUGGUGGUGCUACACAUGACUCCCACAUAUGGUCCGCUAGUCAUGUAGAGACUUUCAUGCGAGGGCUUCAUGAAAGUGGUGAACAUGUUUGGUUAUUAGGGGAUUCUGGAUAUCCACAGCGACCUUGGUUGAUGACGCUUAUACUAGAUGCUGAACAAGGGUCCCAAGAAGAAAUAUAUACCAGACGUCAUGUGCAAGCCAGAUCUCGCAUAGAACGAUGUUUUGGAUUACUGAAGGCUCGUUGGAGGUGUAUGCUUUGACACCGUGUUCUUCACUAUCAGCCUUACGUGGCUAGCAGAAUUAUUAACGCAUGUUGUGUAUUGCAUAAUAUUGCAAUACAUGCUAAACUACCUGCUCCAACAGAUAUGCCAGCUGAGGCUCUUGAUGGUAGUGAAGAUCAAAGUAUACAGCAUAACACCUCUACAACCAACACUAAUCAAAACGAGUUAAUUCGAGGAAGGGCUAUGUGAAAUUAUCUAGUCAGUAGAAUGCAGCAUUCUACUGACUAGAUAAUUCUGUCUGUAUAUAAUUUAUAGUUUCAUUUUAUUUAAGCUUAAGUAUAUUUUCUUAAGUUAGUAUCAAAUG